AUGGAGGGUAAUUGUUUGAAGGCAGCCGCUCAACUCAACCUCAUUCCAUUAUAUGUGUGUGUUUCAAUUUCCAGAAUCAGCCGUCUGUUUAAUGGCACAGAGCCCAUCGUGCUGGACAGCUUGAAGCAGCACUACUUCAUCGACAGGGAUGGAGAAAUAUUCCGUUACAUUCUCAGCUUCCUCAGGACCUGCAAACUGCUUCUCCCAGAUGACUUCAAGGAGUUCCACCUGCUGUACGAGGAGGCUCGGUACUACCAGCUGUCCCCCAUGAUUAAGGAGCUGGAACGUUGGAAGCAGGAGAGGGAGCAGCGCAGGACGGCCCAGCCCUGUGACUGCCUGGUGGUGCGGGUGACGCCUGACCUAGGUGAGAGGAUCGCCCUUAGCGGGGAGAAGGUGCUCAUCGAGGAGAUCUUCCCCGAGACUGGAGACGUCAUGUGCAACUCGGUGAACGCCGGCUGGAACCAGGACCCCACGCACGUCAUCCGCUUCCCCCUCAACGGCUACUGCAGGCUCAACUCUGUCCAGGUUCUAGAGCGUCUGUUCCAGAAGGGUUUCAGCGUGGCAGCGUCCUGCGGCGGCGGGGUGGACUCCUCCCAGUUCAGCGAGUACGUGCUGUGCCGUGAGGACCGGCGGAGUAUGUCCAUGAACACCCCCAUCAGGAUAAAACAGGAGCCCCUGGACUAGAGAGACUUUAGGAGAGGAGAGGGACUAGCCACGAGGGGCUCCUCACCCCCCUACUGGACAGAACAGAACAAACCCAAACCCUAAUAUCCCUCCACCUCACACCACAGAAACCAACCCAGCAAGAAACACCUAAGUAUUAGCAGACGCCUGAUAACGUUGCCAGCUCUGAGGAACUCAGUGCUCUAAGGGGAAUGUAGUAUAAACACAAAAAAGCAAAGAAAGAAAACAAAAGGAUUUGAUUCUGUUUACUAAUAACACCCAAAGAAAUAUAGGACUAUGAUGAUGAACAGAAAGACUGAAACAGCAGCUCCAUCUCUUGAACCAUUUAAGCACCGUGACCAAUCUCUUUUUCCUCCAGUUGUAAGGCUCUCUGACCCCUUGUGAAGAGGUGUCCUGACCUCAGUGAGGAGCACGGCCCCCUUGCCCUCAGUGCAGCGCAUGGCAGUGUGUCGUCCAGUCCCGUACGUGUCUGUGUGAGGCCCAUGUGUUGUGUGCGCCGUCCAGUGCAGCUGAGUGGGGACAAGACAGGUGCUAUUUAGGGAGGCCUGGCCUGACAAGGGGCAGGGCUGACAGAGAGGAAGAGGAGGAAGUGACAGCCAACCAGCCCACAUUGCUCUUAUAGCCAGCAACCAGGCCUCGCAGCCAAGGGAGGUCCGAUUGAUUGUCUUUCUUAUUUUCAUUGUUGUUUAUAAAGUACAACUUUUUUCUCUGUUUUUUUGCUGUUCUGUCACAACAUGGUGUAAACUAUUAUUAAUAGGAUUGUUGUAUUUUUCCCCUCCUAUAUGAAGGAUGUAUGAACGUUGUAUUCAAAGUCAUUAGGUUUGAAAGCUUGAGAGAA